AUGCGCCACUUUUAUGUUGUUGUUUGAGGCGGUAAGAUGGCGGCGCUCGGAGACACCUCAACUCCGGUGGUGAAUGGGUUAAUACAACAAUUUACAGCAAUAACAGGGGCUACAGAGAGUGUAGGAAAACACAUGCUUGAAGCGUGUAACAAUAACCUGGAGAUGGCAGUGACCAUGUUUCUGGAUGGAGGUGGGAUGGCAGAGGAGCCCAGCACCAGCUCCAGUUCAGCAGCAUCGAGCAGCAGAGCUCCCCCCACAGAUGAAGUGCGAGCACCCAUUCCCCAGAAGCAGGACAUACUGGUGGAGCCAGAACCACCGUUCGGAGUGCCAAAGCGAAGACGACCUGCUCGAUCAAUAUUUGAUGGCUUCAGAGACUUUCAAACAGAAACAAUCCGCCAGGAACAGGAGCUGCGUAACGGAGGAACAGUGGAUAAGAAACUCAGCACCCUGGCAGACCUUUUCCGUCCUCCCAUUGAACUCAUGCACAAAGGCAGCUUUGAAACGGCAAAGGACUGUGGACAGCUUGAAAACAAGUGGCUUAUGAUCAACAUCCAAAAUGUUCAGGACUUCGCGUGCCAGUGUCUUAACAGGGACGUGUGGAGUAACGACGCAGUGAAGAACAUCAUCCGAGAACACUUCAUAUUCUGGCAGGUAUACCAUGAUAGUGAAGAAGGACAAAGGUACAUCCAGUUCUAUAAGUUGAACAAGUUUCCUUAUAUUUCCAUCCUUGAUCCACGCACAGGCCAAAAAAUGGUGGAGUGGAAUCAGCUGGACGUGGCAUCAUUCCUGGAGCAAGCGUCCAGCUUCCUGGCAGAGCAUGGGCAGCUCGAUGGGCCAUCCUGCCAAGCGCCCCCAGCCAAACGAGCUCGCUCGGAGAGUCUUAUUGAUGCCAGCGAAGACAGCCAGCUGGAGGCGGCAAUCCGAGCCUCCCUACAGGAGACCCACUAUGAGUCUGCAAAUGUCCCUGACGCCCCUGACUCCCCCCGAUCAGAGGACGAAUCCGAUGCAGAGCCGUUUUCUGACAGCGAGGGACCCAUCUCUGUUGAUGGCUCAGACAGCGAAACACCGGCACGGCACGAAGAAAAAAGUUCAGCCAGCAAACAGACGCAGGCGCCCUCAGCCACUGUAGCCCCGCAGCGCCUACAUCCAGACAGUUCCACUUCUUCCCAUAGAAAGUCUCCGUACAAAGAAAACAAUCACAGUCACAAGAAAGAGGAGAGCAAAAAAAACCACCUGGAGCCCUCGUCUGCUAGUUCUCAUCAUUCUCAACCAGAUGCAGACUCUGGGGGGAACCGCUGCACCUCACAAAGCAGAAGUGCUGGAACCUCAAGCAUCAGCACCACAACCUGUGACGUGGACUGUCCUGAUGACAACGGCCCCAAAGCGAGGUUGAUGCUCCGUUAUCCAGAUGGGCAGAGAGAACAGAUUUCGUUGUCUUCAAAAGCAAAACUAUUGGCUCUGGUCAGACACGUCCAGUCCAAGGGUUACCCCAACGAACGCUUCGAACUCGUCACCAACUUUCCCAGGAGGAAGCUUGCCCACUUGGACUAUGACAUCACACUGCAAGAAGCGGGGCUUUGUCCACAGGAAACUGUAUUUGUGCAGGAGAGGAACUAGUAACAUUCACUUUCAGCUUCUUCAUAUCUCUGGUAGACCUCACU